CAAAGAGAAAUGGAGAUUGCAGCAUUCCAUCCAUGGUCUCCCCGCAGCCAUUUCAUCGCCUAUGCCCUCAACUCGACUCUCCCCUUUGUCCCUAAGAACUAUGUCCACUGGGUUGAGACCCCUGAAUCUCAUCUCUACUCAGCUGAUAUUCCAGGUGUGCGGAGAGAGGAGGUAAGCGUGGAGGUGGAGGAUUCAAGGUACCUGAUAAUAAGGGCGGAAUCGACAGAGGACCCCAGUAGGAGCUUCCAUAGGAAAUUCCGGCUGCCGGGGCAGGUCGACGUCGAUGGAAUUUCAGCCGAGUACGCCGCCGGCGUGUUGAAGGUUACAGUGCCAAGAUCUUUUGUGAGAAGGGGUUUCUUCAUCGACCCUGCUGAUGUAUCUCCAGACACCAAUUUUCUUGCUAGGGCUGCUUGAAAUCUUUGGUUCUAUUCAUUGCAUUCCCAUGAAUUGGGAUUUUUCUGGUUUUCCUGGAUCCUGUAUUGAAGUUCAACUGGUUUCUUGAAUUUAGCUUUAGCAAAAAUUUGGAAUUUGAUUCAGAUCAUCUUCUCCACCAUACCUGUCUGGGUCAUCUGAUCUGCAUAAUGUAACGGGGAAAAAUGAGAAAAGAAAGUGUAAAGUUCAUCAAUUAUCAGGGCUUGUUUUGAUUUCAA